UGUCAGCAUCAUGAUCGCAGGACGUGCCGGGACCCUUUCACUAACGGAGCCGCGUCGUGGUGACUCCCGCUCGGUGACGCUUGAUGUUCGCGGAGCUGGAGCCGCGACCACAGACACACGGGGGCUGCUUCUCUCAGAUACUCAUCUCCUGCUUCCAUCAGGGGACUUGAAACUUGAGGGACUUUACCGCCGGUAGGCAGAGAACAAAAGGCGGACGACCGGACGGGCCAGUGUCGGCUCUGAAUGUAGCGGGCAGGACCGUCUGUCUGCGGGCGGGCGCACAGCGCAGCUGCAGCAGCUGGAGCAGCCGAGGACGCACCAAGUCCUGUCCCACGUCCCCGUGUUGUCACCCCCACCCCCCCGUCACCCGAGCGGUCGAACAUGAUCCUGCUUGGGACCGUGCUCGUUCUCUUCUUCUCAGGUGUGUUGGAAUCCUCGGCAUCCAUCUACCCUUUACCUUCUUCCCCCACUGACUGUGUUGAAGCUCAUCGGGUGUGUUCAGCCGAUCCCCAAUGCCAAGCUUUGUACCGGGGUUUGGAACUGUGUGCGGACGAUGCAGAGGUGUCCCCACUGGUGGAGCAGGUGGCGGCCGAGUGCCUGGAGAGACAGGACGCUCUGUUGGCCAAACACCCAGCUCUGCUGAUGUGCAAGUGUCACCGUGGCCUUCGCAGGGAGGAGCAGUGCCUGCACAUUUACUGGAGGGUGCGUCUUCAGCCAGGGGAGGAUGAAUUGGAAAUAUCACCCUAUGAUGACACACAAAUGGAUACUCGCAUGGCUUCUUUAGUGGCAGCCUCAACUUUCCUGCAGCUGGACAGUGAGAACCAGUGCCUGAAGGCAGCACAGGACUGCAGCCUGUUUGAGAAGUGCAGUUCCCUACGAUCGGAGUAUGUUCUGGCCUGCACCAAGAUGACUGCCGGGUCCACCCGCUGCAAUCAGCACAAAUGCCACCGUACUCUCCGGAGGUUCCUGGAGCGCGUACCUGAGGAGUACAGCUUAGGUGUCCUGUUCUGCCCCUGCACCAACACUCUGUGUGGUGAGAGGAGGAGGAAGACCAUCGUCCCCUCCUGUUCCUAUGAGGACAUGGAGGGACACCAAGCCAACUGCCUCCACCUGCAGAGCUUCUGCCGUAGGGACGACCUCUGCAGGUCUAGACUGGCUGAUUUUCUUAACAACUGCCAGCCGUCUCCUGUGACUACCAGCAGCUGUCUCAAGGACUCAGCAGGCCUCUGUCUUCGAGCCUACGCUGGACUCAUAGGUACCAUCAUGACACCCAACUACAUCAGUAACAGCUCUGCUGACGUGUCCCUGUGGUGCAACUGUGAAGGCAGUGGUAACCAGUGGCAAGAAUGUUUGCGCCUGCAGCGUAUGUUCACCCACAACCCCUGUCUGCGUAACUCUAUCAGCUGGAUGGGCAGCCCCGGCUCUUUGCCUGUAGACAUCACGCCUGCUCCUGCUCCCAGACCCUCCCCGUUGGUUCAGGAGGACGAGCAGCUGCUCAACAACCACCUUCCUGAGCACAACGUCAGAGUGGAGGAGAGUGAGGAAGAGGAAGAGCUGCCCAAGACAGUGGAGGACAAUAACGAAGGUGACCAGUUUGGCGUGAUUCCUCUGUACUCAGAGAGGGCCACUGUCUCCACCUUGGGUUCCCCUGGGACUGGGGCCACUGGAUCUGUUCAUAGCAGCUCAGCUGCAACCACAAUACUGCUUGUUUUGCUCCUAUCUGCCUCCGUCAGCUGGGGCUAAAGCACAGGACACAGUGAGCGCACACUCAUACAUGGAAACAUGCAUCCAUAUGUAAUGGACCUGCCAACAAUGCUGUCAAAUUAUAAGAAACUUAGUGAAGAAAUCUUGAACUUGAACUUUCUCAGUAGCAUCCCCCUAUCUCCUUGUUUGGUCUGACUGCAGCUUCAGUGGUGUAUCCAUGUGUUGGGGCCCAGAGCUGGUCCUGGGAGGGUGCAUGCAAAGUCUACCUAGUCCUGUCAUGGGUUUAUUAACUCCAUUGCUGCAUCAUGGUGGGUUGUGCUUACAGGAAACCAAAGGUAAUUAUCAGAGGAAAAUAUAAACAUAUGUAGAAAGAGAAAAUCCAACUAGAUGCUACUGUUGUUAUAAUGUGAUGAUGAAAGGAAGAACAGAAAAAUUCAAAUCUAAUGUAACCAAAUGAAAACAGCUCAUUCAGGAUUCAAUCCCAUGAAUCUAGGACAGUUCAACCUUUGGGUUAAUUAUCAGUGGAGUAGCUUCGUCUGUGUUUCAGUCUCAGCAUACGGUCCGAACACCACAUGGAUUAUUAGGCUGCGUAGCAUUCCAUAGCAGGAGACAGACACAAGCAAUAGGCUGUUUCAUUUCAUAAUACCCCAUUAGUGUUCCACUGCUGGCUGCCCCAGUUCCAUGAUGCAGGGAGGCAUCACUUUGUUGAGUUCAUCUGACCUGAUCACAUUUAAUCCACCCUGCUCAUGAAUGUAUGAAUACCCAUCAUCACCACCAGUUGUAGGGUGAAAUCAGUAAUUGUUAAAUGUGGCCAUUGUAUUUUGUUAAAAAUUUAAACGUUUGCAUCAUCACUAGUUGCAGUUUGUACAAAGGUGAAUUCCUUGUUGCAUCCAUUCAUUACAUCCUCAGAAUCUGUAAAGUACUUAAACUCAAAAGGUCCACACAUGCUUCUUAAUGUUGUCGAAGAAGUAAUUAACCUGCUUCUUUUGCAGACUUGAUUUUGCAGAUGAUAUUAGACCCCCCCCCCCAUUAGAGCUAAAGCCCAAUGCAUUCAGACAGCUUCAUGGUUGUGGUGGAUAAUGAUGGGUCCUGCUGAUUGUCUGGGUGAAGGCGGAGCGGACGUGCACUAUGAUGCAUCAGUCAGACUGUAUCAUGGUGAAGAAUGGGAUGCUCCUCUUCUCUUUGUUUGGUGAAGGUGAAGAACCAGGCCUGCUUGUGUGUGCAGAUGUGCAGAUGUGCAGGGAUCAGGUGGCAAAGAAAACCGGGUAUAGCUUUUUGUUCUCACCCACCCACACAUACAUACGUACAUUUGCACACAUACUUCGUGCCACGCAUUGAGCCGAUGCAGCCCUUUCUUGCAUUAUUGCUCCCUCCCCUGUGACUCAGGACCAGCCCCCGAGCUGCCACAGGCACCAUUAUAAAUAAAGCCGUCAUAAUAAAAACAACAGCCAGAAACAAUAUGAGCUUUAAAAUGGCAGAACAAAUCAAAUAGCUCCCCAGCAGGUGCAAAAACACACGCAACAUCUGAUGCUGGCAAAGACAGAAAUGAAAAGUUGUCAGGGAAUAAGUGGGAGAGAGCAGGAAGAAAAAGGCCAGCUCCCUGUGUGGUGUUUGGGCAUUUGAUGUUUUACUCGUUCUUGGAAGGCUGAUAAUCAGUCUCUGACAUCAUCUCUUUAUCAUCUGACAGACUGCUGGCUUGUGUGUUGUGUGUGAGGGGUUUCAGGCAGUAAAAGAAAUAGAGCAGUAUAGUGAGAACACAAAGGAGCCUGGAGUACAAACACAGCAGACAAAAUCGCCACUUCUCGUUCUCCUAUGUCAUAUAAAUCUUUUGCUGACAAUAAUUUUUCUGCUGGUUCCUUUCCAAUUCCUGGAGAAAUGUGUAAAAUUAACUUCCAUCUGCAGGGGCACCGGUGAUGGUAAAGGGCAAGAAGCUACGAGAAAAAAAUACAAAAAGGAGACUAGGAGAAUUUAAAGAAAGUAUUGCAAAUGAAAAUCAGGAAAAACAAGAGACAACACAAAAUUAACAGGGACAGAGAAAACAUUUGACAUAGAAGACGAAGAAAACUAUGAGUAAGGAAGAUGCUAACGAGAAAGGAGGAGGGUAUGAGGUGAAAAGUGGGUCCCACUGAAGGAAGGAACUAAACAUAAAGGAAGUCUAGAAGAGCAGGAAUUAAAGAAAGGCAGGAGGGAGAAAGACUAAAAGGAAGAAAGGGUGAGAAAAAUACUGAAGGGCAGAAGAAAGAGACUUUUCCCUUUGAGAAAAACUUAGGAUGCAAAAAGAAAAGUAAGAAGAAAAGGACCAACAGAAAUGGAAGAAGUGCAAAUAAGCAGAUCAAAAGGAGAAAACCCUAACCCCUGACCCCUAAAAGAUCAGAGGAAGCUUCAAUUGAGAAGUAAUAGGCCAGGUUUUAACUGAGGUUUAAUAUCUUUCUUUUGCGCAGGAGCCUCACUGCUCAGGAACCUCAUGAUGUUACUGCAGCUAUAGCAGGAUUUCCAUUCUGUUAGAGGAGGUGUUUCAUAUCAUUGCAAGUGACCCUGCUGUAAAAUAGCUAUUCACAAGGCAGUUACACAGAACUACAGCAACUGCUUGACUUAGACAAACCUCUACAUUAGCAGUUAUAAGUACAUUUCUACCACUGUUUCUGCAGCAGUGAGCCACACAGGACGAAAAGAGUUUAUGUCACACUAGAGUCUGCUUCAACUCUGUUUGUGUAUUGAAAGGGUCCAUAUCCUCUUUCCUCAGUUAAAACCACCAAACAUUCAGUUUAUUUAUUUAGUGCCAAUCCGCAACAAACAGCAUGUCAAGCCACUGUACAAUAAUACAACUCCUUAAAAUGAGUGCAUUCUGGAGACACACAUAAGUGAGCCAGAUGGUACCUGGAGGUGCCUGUAUGAAGGUAACAUGUAGCUAAAGGCUUUGCCUCCCACCCUGCAUUUAGAAUCACAGGAAUAUAGCAGAUAUGUACUAAAGCAGAGAGCAUGGAGUUGUUUCCACAGCAGCUUGUUCUGACGUUCUGUGUAGCUGCUUAGUCUGAGGUGAAGGAACAUAAUGCCAUGUGUCAUGGAGUCUGUCACUUCAGAUUCCCUAACUGAAUGUUGGGCUGCACUGCACAGAAUAAUUAAGACACAAAACCUUCAAGCUGGUCCAGCAGUCAGCGCUUACAGGAGGUCUGCUGCCUCCUCACAGCUCACCUCACACCAGACUGCUUCAUAGUCCCUCCAGCGUUUCACCAGUGGAGCCUCGACUGCUCCUACUACUUUAAAUGACCGAUGACCCGCUGACUUGUUUUGAGCUGGAGAUCAGUGCCUUGCUUAAAGGAUGUCUAACAAUUAGACAAUUCCCCUUUUCAGUUUGACAAAAGUGAGCUCAUAGUGUUCAGUAAAUUAACUCAAAAGAAUCCGGUGACCUCAGAACCACCGCCUUCAUCCAUCCUGCUAAAGGUCAGGCCACCUGCCAGCAAACAAUAGCAGGGGUUAAUUGAAAUCAGCAAGGGACAACGGAAGCGUGAGUGACGUGGCCAGUGGGGCUGGAGCCAGGGCCUGUAAGCUGUUGUUCAUUUUAAUUGUUGUCCUGUUUGGUUUGUCGACAGGUUUGACACUUGGUGGCAGGACGACAAGAGGGAUGGACAGAAGGAGAAAGGGAGAUGGCAGAGGGAGUGGACACUGUGAUUUACAUUAAUAUGUAGUGAAAUAAACAAGCGGAGAAGCCAUGCGUUAAAUCAACUCAGAGGAGAACGCCUCCGGGGAGAGAAGGACGGCAUUCCUUUUAUUGUUGUGUGCAGCACACUGACACACACACCCAUGUCAGAUUUGUGUGUCUGUUUUCUCUCUCCAGUAUUUUAGUAUUCUAAUCCAUCAUUGGCCUGACAUGGGGAUGCUGUCUCUCUCCCCUCUCCUCAUGUCUGUGUCUCUCUAUCCAAGCUACUGCACAGACACAGCAUCCAAAUGGAAGAUAAAGACAGAGCAGGGGAAAACAAACUCCACAGAGGGGGAAGGCUUUAUCCAGAGAGAUAAAGUGAUGGAGGAAAACAGUGACGGAGAGAUACAGAAGUAGUGGAGAAGGUGGGGGAGGAGUGGGGGUAAGCAAAAACAGACUGGAGGUAGGAGGAGCAGAAAAGAGGAAUGAAAGAUUGAGAGAUAGAGACAGGAGGGAUGGGAGUGUGUCAGUCCUGUUGCAUAGACACACACACACGCACACACACAUACACACACACACACACACACACACACAGACACACACACACACACACACACACACACACACACACUGUUGCUCUUAGACGCGGUUCUCUGCUACUUGGAUCCCUGCUUUUCAUGUAUUAAACCGAAUCCAAGAUACAGUGAAGACCAGUAUCAACCAACAUUCAUUCUGAGCACACAGCCAGUCAGGCUACGAUUGAAUCCCAGUAAAACUUCACAGUUACCAGCUUCUAGUUUUUUUUUACUUGUUAAAUUGCACCUUUUGUAGAAACUUUGAACUGAAACAGAAAUUAUUCCUACUGAUGUAUCAGAGCUGACAUUGUUUGUUCCGGGUGGAUUCACAGGCUGAAAGUGAGGCGCUGUGUUGGCCACAUUCAUACAAAUUAAUCUAAACAUUGGUCAAAUCACACGUGGGGUUUCUAUUUUGUGCCACUGCAGCUGUUUGCACUGUAUGUUUAUAUAAAUGUGUCAACUGUGUUUAAUAAGGGUUUGUGUAAAAUUCUCUAUUUACAUUUAUUUACAUUGUUUUGUAUAAUUUAUAGGAAAAUGUACUUUACAGUGCUAGAACUAUAAUCUCCAUUAUUUGUGUAUGUACCAUUAAAUAUGCAGUACUUAAUUGUUUGUCUGGAGUUUAAGAUUCCUCCAGGACCUUCCAGGGAUCCACUUGUGGAAUCCUGGGACUUCUUUUAGGAAUUGUUUCCAGAGUGGUUUCUCUUUGAUAGUUUUCACAGCUGGUAUGGAUGCACAAGCUGUGUGCCCUUGGCAUGCGUUGCCAUGGUUACUUCGAUCCCACCUAAGUUGGUGCACCCAGGGUGAUCCCAAAAUGCAAAUGGAGCUGAAUGAUCUUUGGUGGUGUGAUUCCUUUCAAUACACCAACACCUGGCGAGGGCGAGGCAGCCAUGCAACGCUUCUCCUCCCGCUUGACUGACUGACUGAAGCGUGUCCUCCCUCAUCCUCCCCCACCUCUUAUCCCGGCAGGUGCUUGGCUGAAUGGAACAUCAUCGCCAUGGAGAUUGAGGCAAUGACACGCGUGCACACACGCGCACACACACACACACACACACACACACACACACACACACACACACACACACACACACACACACACACACACACAUCACACCGUUACAGACUCAGAAAUGAGACUGGCUUUCAUGAGUGAGUGGCUGCGUCUGAUUCGAUGAAAAGUUGUCUCUCCAAAGAGGAGACAGCCACAUGGAUUGAGUUGUCACUUGAAUGGAACUCUUUCCUCUCUCUCUGUGAAAAUGGACGGAUUGCGCUCUGCCUCUCUUUCAUUCUGUCAAAUGUAAACCUUUCCUUUUAAUUCCAAACUGACGCUGAGCUGGAGAGAGAAGCAAGUGGAGAUAAAUGUACUCCAUUAAAAGAACAUUGAGCAAGACUGUGAGUGCUCUCCUCCCCUAGGACGGCACUAACACGGGCUUCCCUCGUGCUUUCAUUGUAGUAUGAUCCUUCGGUUCUGUGCUUUCUGCCUCUUGGACGCUAAGUGAACCUUUGACUGUUUCAGGCACAUGAACUCUAACUGCGUUCUCUGGCACACGAAUGAAAAAAAUAGAAGUUACAUCUGUCAAUACAGAUCAGUGGUUUUAAUGAGUGUGUAUUGGUAUUGAUGGUUCGUUGAGACGCUUGCCCCCCUGAGGGCAGGUGAAACACUCCAUGCCUGUGCUGUGCUCCAAAUGAAUAAUAAAAUAAAUGUACAAGCUGACAGUUCCUUAA